CUCGGGGGAAGACAGGGGAGAGAGAAUGCGGAUUGUUCUUUUCUCGGUCGUGUUUUAUGGUGUCGCACUGAGAUGGAAAAACUAUCAACGCAUAUUUAUUCAUCAGUAAAUUCAAAUUAAGUGGAAAUCGUUUAAUUUACUGACUAUCUGUAAUAAAUAACGAAUGCGCUUUUGGGUUGCAACAACAACUACUGUAACAACAGAAAAAAAAACUAGCUCGUGUAUACCUAAAUGGCACAGGAAUGGACUUUUUGCCUGAUGCGGGCGUUUUAUCAAGACUAUGGGUCUCGUUUGCGUUAGUUUUUGCGUUGAGAACCAGCUGAAUAAGGACAUUAAAGCGCAAAAGACCGACAACAAAGAGUCCGCGUGCAUGCUUCCAGAUCUCGCGAGAACACGCGAGAUUUCAGUACUUUGACAUUCGAACUUUGUAAUUUUCGCCGUUUGGUUUUUGUCGGUUGUGGACUGGACCGUUUCGGCUUCGGUUUAGCCCGUGUACUGGUUUCCCGAGGUGUCCCGGCACGGCAAAAUAACUUGUAUCCGCGUUCAGUCAUAGCAGCAUGAGUCAAAUCAUGAGUCAUUACAGACGAUAUAUCUAACACGGUUCCGAGCUAGCUAGCUAGCUAGCUAAAGGAGUUUCAGCGGUGCGCGCGCGCGUCCAGAUAAACCGGAGAUAACCGAGGAUGACGCUGCACACCAUUUCGUAAAACAGAAGGUUGGAUCACCCUUGUGGAAAGUUCACAAUAGGAAUUACAGCCUGGCCUUUUCACAUCACACCUUAUGUUGAAUGAACACUGGCUACAGUUCCUCAUACAAUGGAUGACCUAAGCUUAAAAGCCCUUGGCCACUGUUAUCAGUUUGUGUUCAACUGUGAGUUGGUCUCUUCGUACUUCAUUCACAGUGCUCUUCCUGUACUUUACUCAAACCCUUUAGUUUGUAAAAGCAUUGACUUCAUUUGAGCAGCUACCCAAAAGUGUAGCAAAGAAGCCUUUGAGUAUUUCUCAAUACAUUAAUUUAAGUGUAUAGGAGAUAUGUCUGAAAGUUUUAAAGACAGGAUGGUCAAGUUCCUGUCCCCUGCUUCAAAAAGCACCAACGGGUCCAACUCGGACACGCAGUUGGGUGAACGAAUUGGUCCCGAAGUCCGCCGCCGACACCACACCAUGGAGCGUGACUCGAAAGCCGAACACCGAUUUGUCCGCCGUAGUGUUGUUUGUGACUCAAAUGCCACUGCUUUGGAGCUUCCUAGCAAAAACUUUUUCCUGAAUGUGCCACUGGAUUUGUCCACCAUUUCCACUGAUGUUAGUGCUGGUGAGGUUGAAAUCACAGCUCAGACUGAGACCCUUAUGCUGAAUGAUGGGCCCACUAUUGAGAAAGUGGAGGAAGCAAAAGAUGCUGUCCAUGAGGAGAUCGUGGCAGAGCAGAGGCCCACAGUGUCAGCCAGUCAGGCUGUGGAGACAAAGAAAGAACCAUGUCUCGAGCCACACAUCAAGACAUCAGAACAGAUAUCGGACAGUACCAUAGGCAUAAAACAAGAAAAUGAUAAGGAGGAAGAUGAAGAAGCCAAGACAAAGGCUCCUGUGGAUUCAGGGCAACAGCGUGGGACUGAGAAGAAGGACCAAGAGGACAUAGAGGAGGUGGAGACGAAGGCUGUCGGAACUUCACCUGAUGGCCGGUUUUUGAAGUUUGACAUCGAGAUUGGACGUGGCUCAUUUAAGACUGUCUAUAAAGGACUAGAUACAGAGACAACUGUGGAAGUGGCAUGGUGUGAAUUGCAGGACCGCAAGUUGUCCAAGUCAGAGCGACAGCGUUUCAAGGAGGAGGCCGGCAUGUUGAAGGGCCUGCAGCACCCUAACAUUGUGCGCUUUUAUGAUUCCUGGGAGGCUCCCUGCAAAGGAAGGAAAUGUAUAGUGCUUGUGACGGAGCUCAUGACAUCUGGAACCCUUAAGACGUAUUUGAAGCGGUUUAAGGAGAUGAAGAUUAAAGUCUUGCGUAGCUGGUGUCGGCAAAUCCUUAAAGGGCUUCACUUCCUUCAUACCAGGUCUCCUCCCAUCAUCCACCGUGACCUCAAGUGUGACAACAUCUUCAUCACUGGGCCCACUGGCUCUGUCAAGAUUGGUGACCUUGGCCUCGCCACUCUCAAGAGGGCUUCUUUUGCAAAGAGUGUCAUAGGUACCCCUGAGUUCAUGGCGCCUGAGAUGUAUGAGGAGAAGUAUGACGAGUCAGUGGAUGUCUAUGCCUUUGGGAUGUGUAUGCUGGAGAUGGCUACUUCUGAGUACCCUUACUCCGAGUGCCAGAAUGCGGCACAGAUCUAUCGCAGAGUGACUAGCGGGGUGAAGCCUGGCAGUUUCGAUAAGGUUGCCAUUCCUGAAGUGAAAGAAAUCAUUGAAGGAUGUAUUCGUCAAAACAAAGAUGAGAGAUAUUCCAUCAAGGACCUGCUGAACCAUGCGUUUUUUCAGGAAGAGACAGGGGUUCGCGUCGAGCUUGCUGAAGAGGAUGAUGGAGAGAUGGUGGCUAUCAAACUAUGGCUGCGCAUUGAGGAUGUUAAGAAGCUCAAAGGAAAAUACAAGGAUAAUGAAGCCAUUGAGUUUUCCUUUGACAUUCACAAAGAUGUCCCAGAGGAUGUUUCACAGGAGAUGGUUGACUCAGGUUAUGUGUGUGAUGGUGAUCACAAGACCAUAGCUAAGGCCAUAAAGGACCGUGUGGCUCUGAUCUGCAGGAAGAGGGAACAGCGGAAGCUGGUGCGAGAAGAACAGGAGAAGAGGAAGCAGGAAGAGGAAAGGGGCCAGCAACCUCCCAGCGAGCUCCCUCCUGGUCACUCUUCCGCCACAAAACCCCCCAUGUCAACCUUGACACCAGUUCCCAUAGAGACAGAGGAGCCAGAGGGGGAGCAGCACCACCUGCCUGGAGCAUCUGUUUUAUCUGCAAGUAAUGCGGAGAGCCAGUAUUCCCUCGCUGCAUCUGAGUCUCAUCCUGUUCAGCCAGUGCUACCCUCUUACAGUGUUAUGCACCCUGAGCAGCCUCAGACCUCUGCCACACAACCCAACCCUUCUUCCCAACUUCCUCAGCAGCAUUCUGUCCAACCACAUAGCCUGUCUCAGGUUCCUUCAUCACAUGGAAGCAGCUCCCAGACACUGGGUCCUGUGUCUCAUCUUGAAUAUAGUUCUCCACAGCAGACUACACUGCCAGCUUCUGUUCAGCCUAGCAACUCCCAACAGCAUAACCAGUCCCCACUGGAUGCUGCACCUCAGACCUCAACUCAGUCACCACCGCUGCAUGGAUCUCAGGUUGUCCAGGUUCCUUUAAGUGUUUCCCAGUCGCCAGAUCAGACCCAGACACAGCCCAUGCUGAUUCCACCAUCUGCAGAGAGUGGCCUGUCGGAUGCAGCUUCAGGGUUGAGUGAUGGCAAUGAGGGCAAGCACGAGUCUAGUUCCACAAAGCGCUACCAACGCCGCUCAGUUCGCAGUCGUUCACGUCACGACAAGUCUGCCAAGCCCAAGCUUGUUGUGCUUAAUAUUUCCAACAUUGGUGACAGAGUGGCUGAAUGCCAACUGGAAACCCACAAUAGAAAAAUGGUGACAUUCAAGUUCGAUCUGGAUGGAGACAACCCUGAAGAAAUUGCACAGAUCAUGGUCCAGAGUGACUUUAUUCUCGAGAGUGAGCGUGAGUCCUUUAUAGAUCAGGUGCAAGAGGUUAUAGACAUGGCAGAUGAGAAGAGAGAGGCUUCUAAAGGUGGCCAUCCUCAGGUGCUGAAUGAUGUAAACCAACAGAUAACUGAGAUAGCAAGUCCUAAUCUGCCAGGUCUGCCACCCAGUAUGGCUGCCCAGGUGGUGCACUCAGCAGGCCGUCGUUUUAUUGUCAGCCCUGUACCAGAAGCACGACUUCGAGAGUCAUUUUUUGGCUCUUCCUCUGCCAGCACAUCUAUUGGAGAAGAACUGACAGUGUCUGAUCCUACCUCAGCCAACCAUACACAACAGGGCCAAUCCGUCCCUCCUCCCAACACCACUCAGCCCUCAAUAUUACCCCCUCAACCUGUUUACCAGGGUCCAAUUGCGGUUGCACAGAACACGCCUGCCACUGUGCCCGUUGGUUCCACUUCCCCACCUACUUCUGCUCAGACAGGCAGGACAUCUCCUUCCCUUGCCCCACCAGAUCAGCCCAUCACUCAGCGUCGAACCUCUCUUCCCACUCCAACUAUUCCCUACCAGCUGCCUGAGAGCAGUAUAAAUGUUCCAGCGUCUGUUGGAGAACAGCUUACGGCUCCUGCCCACACCCCCACGCCUAUGCCUGUAGUUGGUUCCAGCCAGUGUGGAGAGAGUGAGGGGGAGACACAGGGGAAGGGGACACCAGGCAUCGAGGACAUCCUGGCCCUGGACAAGAAACUGCGUUCUCUAUUUCAUGACCAGGGUUCGUCCUCUGGCUCCUCAGCCCAGCCUGAUCUGUCAGGAGAUGUAGCCCCUACAUCUUCACCUCCCAACACUAUCAAUUCUCCACCUCCUGGCCUGGCCUCCACUGCAGGUCAGAUGGUACCAACUAGCUUGUCUCUGAGCUCCAGUGGACACUUUACACCUGGCAUGUUUGCAUCUCAAAGCCAAGGAAGUCCUCCCACUAUACAAGUGCAGACUAAUCAGGUUGAUCCUGUUGUACCAAGAGUGCAGACUCCUUUAAGUGGACCCCAGGAGGGCCUAACGAAUAUAGAGAACAAGCAGCCAGUGACCCCACCUACUGGUGAAGGUUUUAGACUUGGCCGAUUUCAGGUUUCUGUGGCCACUGAUCAAGUUGUGGAUGGUGCUUCUUGCCAGAAUGCCAUGACGUCGUAUUCGUCUUCAUCAUCAACCACAACUUCAUCUUCAUCAUCAACAGUCUCAAGCCCUGAAAGCACCCUUCAUAAGAAUCAAACCCUGAUUAAUCCUGGUCAUGACCCUUCAGAAUCCAUUCCUAUUCCUGCUUCUGCUCCUCCUCCUGCUGCUGUUACUGCUACCGUUGGGCGUUUUCAAGUGACCUCUGGUGCUGAUGUCAAAGUGGGACGUUUCUCAAUUACUCCAGCUGGAAAGGAGGAUGCAGGCUCAAAAGAUGAGCAAGAUGUUAGUAUACCUAGUGUUCCCACAGCCCAGCCUAACUAUCAGGGCCUCUUGAGCAGCGAUGACUCUGAGCCAGAGGACGAAGCCUUUAAGAAUGAGAUAAGACAACUCAGGGAAAGGCAUAUGACUGAGAUUCAGGCCUUGCAGAAUAAGCAGAAAAAGGAACUUGAUGAGCUGUAUGCACGGAUGGGCAAAACACGUCCCUCAAUGGUGUCCUCCUCCCCUGUAGCAGUGGCAGGAGGUCGGCGCAGGCUUAUCAAAAGCAAGAGCAACAAAUCUAGUCGCAGUGGAAGCACACACAGCAGUCCUCAUCAGCAAGGAGAUAAACGUAACAAACAGGCUUUAGUCAGUCAGUCAACUGCAGCAAAUGUUCCAGAUCUUUUGACUACGCUUGCUCACGAUGUUCACUCAGAAGGGCCCAACAUCACAAAUAAAUUGGAAAAUGGGUCAAGCCAAGCUGCUAAUCUUCCACUAAAAGGCAUAUUUACAGAUGAACUUCACCAGCUGGUGGAUGAUUUUGCUCAGGAUGCCAUGAGCCUUGCACAGGGCAAGAAGAAUGGCAAACAAACUUCACAAAGCCUUGAUACAAUUCCUCGCAAGUUUUCCGCACCAGGGCACCUGUGCUCUGUGGGUGGUCCUCCAUGUGCUCCCUGCUCAAACCCUUCUGCUGGAAGGAAGGGUUCAUUGUGCUUGACAGCCCAGCAACACACCUUUCCCUGUGCCCCUUAUGUCCCUACGCAGUGGGUUGGGCCAGCAGGAAAUGCAGUAGGCUUGUUGCAGCCUACAGCAACAAAUGCUCUCCAGUCGGGUUUCCAUGUGGGUGCUGGAUCUCACAAAGCAGGAACUAAUGGUGGAGGGACCAACAUGCGGACGACUCAGGCAAGCUGAGAUGCAAAGGAACAUCACAGCAUGCUCGGAUUACGCCUAAUUGUUAACUGUGAACUGUUUUCAAUCACCUAAAGGCAUAUAUUAGUCCCAAAAUAGACAAAAUCUGUCUAGAAAACCAGCUUUACAGGAGUUAUGACAGUGUAGUACUGCAAACGGAUAUAUUUUGAAAAUUCAGAAGCUUGUCUCUUUGGUGAAAUGGAAGUAAGUCGUUUACGGAAACAGCAGCCAGAAAGCCUUUAAAGGUCCAAACCUGUGAUUUGGUUAGUGUAAGGAAGACUUGGGCUUUACGGGUAGAUGUGUACAGAUUGGUAUGACAAUGCUAGACUAAGACAAAACUAAAGCUAUGGCCUUAAUUACUAAGCGUUAGUCUCUCUUAAUGAGGACACAUCGAUGUCAUGCUUUGUAAUGUAAAAAAGGUUCUUAGUAUGCAGCUAAAUGGUUAACAUUUUCCUAAGCAGCUUGCAGUUUAGCUUAAAUGUCUCCUUAACUACGCUGUAUAGUAGAUCAGAAACAGUGUGACGAUUUUGGACUAUAAAUUCUGCCAGUUCACAUCUUCUGUACAUAAGCAAGACAGCAAUAUUCAAGAUGAAUAAAGUAGGUUGUUGACAAGUUGAA